AUGGAGGACUCGUCUCUGCUGUGUCUGCUCUUUCUGAUCUCACUGCUGAGCUGCACAACAAACCAAGCUCGUCUGACUGUGAGUCCCAGCAGCUCUCAGUUCUUUGAAGGAGACUUUGUGUCUCUGAGCUGUGAGGAGGCCGACAGCUCUGCUGGAUGGACUCUGAGGAGAAACACAAGCAAACAGCAGAGGACUCAGUGUGGAGUUCGAUGGGGAGAAGCAGCUGAUUCUUCCUGUUCCAUCAGCUACGUCUUUACAUUGGACAGUGGAGUUUACUGGUGUGAGUCCAGAGAGGGUGCCAUCAGUAACAUGGUUAACCUCACAGUCUCUGGUGGAUCAGUGAUCCUGCAGAGUCCUGUCCUCCCUGUGAUGGAGGGAGAUGCCGUCACUCUGCUCUGUGAAAGAAAGACCACUCCCUCCAACCUCCCAGCUGCUUUCUAUAAAGAUGGCGUCUUCAUCAGGAAGCAGCCUACAGGUCACAUGACCAUCCAGCAUGUUUCCAGGUCUGAUGAAGGCCUCUACAAGUGUAACAUCAGCGGUCAUGGAGAGUCUCCAUCCAGCUGGAUCACUGUCACAGGUGACACACUCACCUGUAGACCUACAACCACUUCACCUCUUCCCCCUGACUCCUCCUCCCUCUACUUUGUGAUCAAACUGCUCUUCUACCUGGUGAUGUUCUGUGUGUGCUUCAUCUCCACUCUCCUCAUGGUGUCUUUGUAUCAACACAGACCCACAGGAAAUGACCUUCGUGCCUCAAUCCCCCCCACUCAGCCUGAUCAGGGAUUAGAUGAAGAGUUUGAUGACAUCAUCACUGAUGUCACCACAGAGCAUCACUUCUGA